GGACAUAGAUUUUUCUCUACCGUGGAGGGAAGGAUUGGUCUUGGACCUUUGGGAAUCAAACCUGGCGACGAUGUUUGUGUUCUUCUCAAUGGCCCAAUUCCCUUUAUAUUCCGCCAAAAAGAGGCGAAGGACAAUUUUGAGCAUGUUGGGCAUGCAUAUAUGUAUAGGAUAAUGUAUGGUGAAGCUCUCGAGAAGCACUCAGACGAGGAAUCGGUAUUCCUGCUUGAAUAA